CGAGCUACCAUUGGGGGGCAGCAAGGAGGAAAAUCCCGGAAGUAUCCUGCUUCUAGCCAGUGACGAUCAUGGCGCUAGAGGCACCGUUCCCUGCUGUGGUGUCGGUAUCUGGGACUCUUUUGCAUCACUAACUCUGGCUUGUAGGUUGUUUUGAAAGUGAUCGUUCAAGUGCGAGUAACAUCUUUUCAAUUUGUGACGUUUCCGCUCAGCGCUUCCUUCCAGACAUGAUGGAAGACAAAGGGCCUCGGGUAGCAGACUACUUUGUUGUGGCAGGACUGACAGACACCUUCAAGCUAUUAGAUCAUGACAUGGGUCGGAUAGAAACUAAGACAUUAGGUCCCAAAGCUCCAAUCACUGAUAUUGCUGUUAUCAACAAGACAGCUGGAGAGACCGUGCCAGAGGGCUACACAUGUAUUGAAAUCACACAAAGUGGGUUGCAGGCAAAUCUGAACCAUGGAAGCUUAAAGAGUCCAGAAAUGUUUAUCUGUUACAGACGAGAAAAAGGGAAACCUCCACUAACAGACAUUGGUGUGUUAUAUGAAGGAAAAGAACACCUAUUGAAAGGCUGUGAGGUUAUCCAGGCUACACCAUAUGGACGCUGCGCAAAUGUCAAUAACAGCUCGGGUACCUCCAUGAGGAUAUUUCUAACUUACCGACGAUCUUUACCUGUUCGCCUUCAGAACUCCUUGGCAGUAACUGACAUAUGUAUAAUCAUCAGUAAUAAAGGAGAGACACCACCCCAUACCUUCUGUAAGGUGGACAAAAACCUCAACUGUGGAAUGUGGGGAUCCAAUGUUUUCCUGUGUUAUAAGAAGUCUGUCCCUGCAUCUAACUCAAUUCCUUAUAAAGCUGGUUUGAUUUUCAGAUAUCCAGAGGAGGAUAACGAGUCAUUUCCUCUAUCAGAGUCCGUGCCACUCUUUUGCCUUCCCAUGGGAGCCACUAUUGAAUGCUGGGACCCUCAAAUCCGACAUCCUCUCCCUGUUUUCUCUACUUUUGUAUUGACAGGUUCCACAGCUGAAAAGGUUUAUGGUGCUGCUAUUCAGUUCUAUGAGACUUACCCACGUGAAAUGUUGUCUGAGAAGCAGAUGAUUCAGUUAGGACUGAUCACAGCUGUGGAGAAGAAAGUGCUCACCUACAAAAAUAUUAACUCCAAGAAGUGCAUAUGUUUGCUUUCUCACUGGCCUUUCUUUGAGACCUUCCGCAAGUUUCUUAUGUUCAUCUACAAGCUGUCUGUGUCUGGCCCUCAUACCCUUCCUAUUGAAAAGCACAUAUCGCACUUUAUGCACAAUGUUCCCUUCCCAUCACCACAGAGGCCAAGAAUUCUUGUUCAGCUCUCUGCUCAUGAUGCCUUAGUUCUGUCCCAGCCAGUAGCAACACCAAUGCCUCUAAGUGGAGCAAAUUUUAGUACACUGCUUAUGAAUCUUGGACCAGAAAACUGUGCUUCUUUGCUGUUGUUCGUACUGCUAGAAUGCAAGAUUCUCCUUCACUCCCUCAGGCCAGCAGUGCUGACUGGAGUUGCUGAGGCUGUAGUAGCUAUGAUUUUCCCUUUCCAGUGGCAGUGCCCUUACAUCCCCCUGUGCCCACUGUCUCUCGCGGAUGUGCUUAGUGCACCUAUUCCCUUUAUUGUGGGAGUGGAUUCUCGAUACUUUGAUUUGUAUGACCCGCCUCAGGAUGUUGUUUGCAUCGACUUGGACACAAGCAUGGUUUACACGUCUGAAGACAAGAGGAAUUUAAGCUGGAAACAGCUUCCCAAGAAACCAGUGAAAAACCUUAUUGGCGUCUUAAAAAAGCUUUACCCACGACUCUCUUCAGUUCACCAAAAGUCUCCAGAAGAGUCUGCUGUGCUGAUGGCCCCAAUUGAGGCAGACUUCUCAUGGCAAAAGAAAACAACAGAUUUGGAGAUGGAAAUUCAAGAGGCAUUUCUACGGUUCAUGGCAUCCAUACUCAAAGGUUAUAGGGCUUACUUGAAACCCAUAACUCAAGCACCAUCCAACAAAGCUACUGCUGCAGAUUCACUGUUUGACCGUCAAGGGUUUUUGAAAAGUAGGGAUCGUGCACACAUAAAAUUCUACACUUCACUGACAAAAACCCAGAUUUUCAUCCGCUUCAUUGAAGAGUGCAGCUUUGUCAGUGAUAAGGACACCAGCCUGGCCUUCUUUGAUGACUGCAUUGAUAAGUUGUUUCCUGAUAAAGGAGUGGAGAGAGGUGAUAAGGGGGAUCUGGAGUUUCCAGAAGACACUCGUCUGAUUGAGCUAGAUGACUCACAGAAGAGCGAGCACACUGUGUUUAUAAUGCCACCUGAGCCUCUGCCGGAAGAUGGACCUGACCCUCACCCAAGAUAUAGCUACAAAAACUUUCCAAGACUAGACUACGCUCUUUUUGACCGAAUACGUGAUCAAUAUCUUACUUUCAAUGGGAAUACUAAGAGUAGCAGAGCAGCAAGCAGCCCCACAUUUAUUGCAAAAAGGACAAAACAGGAAAUCAAAACGGCUCACAAGUUAGCUAGAAAAUAUUUUAGCAACGAUCCUGCUUGGGGCAAAUGUCUCUUCAGCCAGUGCUUCAGUUUGUGGUUUAUUUGCCUGCCUGUUUAUGUUAAGGUAUCACAUUCAAAAGCACGUGCACUUCAGAAGGCUUAUGAUGUGCUGGUUAAGAUGAGGAAAACUGAUGUAGAUCCAUUGGAUGAGGUGUGUUACAGAGUGGUAAUGCAACUGUGUGGCAUUUGGGAGAACCCUGCUCUGGCAGUGAGAGUAUUAUUUGAGAUGAAAAACGCUGGGAUACAGCCAAAUGCAAUUACCUAUGGUUACUAUAAUAAGGUUGUGUUGGUCAGCCCAUGGCCAAGCAGUAAUCGCAGUGGAAACUUCCUAUGGACAAAAGUGCGCAAUGUGGUGUUUGGUUUGGCUCAGUUCCGAAGGGCAACGAAGAAGCCACAGACAUCUUCCGAGUCCUCUUCGGCAUCAGCGCUUCCAAGUGCUGCACAUGCAAAUGAUGGCAAUGCUGUGAGCCGACAAAAAGUGGAUAAUUAUAACGAUUCUAACUCUGGGGAGCACACCCUUUUCGUGCGCGAUCUAAUCAGAACUGAUUCCACUGAUAACCAUUCUAGCACAGAGAGUCCAUCUAAAAAUGGCUCCAAAGACAAGGUCGAGACAGAUGAUGCUCAGAGUGGUUCUGAUCAGAAAAACAAAGCAGAAACAGACGCUAAAGCAAAGCAGAAACACACACCAGACUGUGAUGAGCCUUCACUUUCCUCUAUGGAUCCAACAGUAUCUAGUGAAGGACAUCCAGAAAAAUUACAUUCAACCUCUGAGGUUCCAAAUCCUCCUGAAUCACCUCCUUGUGCAAGUAGCAUUGUUAAAGUACCUUCUGGAAUUUUUGACAGCACAGGAAGGAAAAGCAGUACCGGAGGUGGAACUGGACCAUUAUCCCCGGUUUCAGAUGUUGGGGAAGACCAUGUGUUUUCCAGCGAAGGUCAAAACAAGAAGUCCAGUGAGAGAGCUCAAAAGAGGCAGAAAAUGUUUGCUGAGCGAAGCUGUAGUUUCAGCGCAGAGAGCCGAGCUGGUAUGCUACUAAAGAAAGGCAGUCUUGACCUAACCACUAAUGAAAUUGCCAUAAAGAUGGGAGCGGAUGCAAAAAUACUUACUGCAGCUCUUUCAAAGACACCACCACCCCAGCAUGCUAAGAAUGAAUUCUGCUUUGAAAGUAUAGGUGAACAGUCUGUCUGUCAGACAUCUGAUAGCACAGCUUGUGAACAAGAUGAAAAACCUGACACAGAGACUGAGGAGCUAACAGCCUCACGACUGCAGGGGCCAUCUGAUCAGUUAGAUACGGUGAAAGAGGAAAGCACAGUGGAUGCUGGGGACUCUGUUAUAGGCACAGUGAAAGACAGCGUUGCUCUCAGGGAUACUCCUAAACUUAUAAGUGAACUUAAUAAAAGGCAUAGUUUUUAUGGCCUCACUAAAUCCGUAGAAAGAGAAGGGGUAGAAAAGGGUCUUGACCCUCUAUCUUUAAUGGCUUCACAGACAGUGGAGAAAGAGCCAUCACCAUCUGAGGAAAAGCACAUUUCCCCUGUUGUGGCACGUAAUCUGGCCGAUGAGAUUGAAAGUUACAUGAACCUGAAAAGUCCUCUUGGCUCCAAGUCUUCAAGUAUGGAGCUAGGAGGACAGGAGUGCAAUGCAAGGGAAUCUGGGAACCACAGCCAAGCUGGCCUGGAGCGGCGCUCUAGCUUACCCGUAGACUCUUUUCCUCCAUCAGAAGUGCAGAGUGAAAACCAGAAGAACUCAGCUGUAUCCAGAUCCAAGACUUUUACUAGCAGUCCAAAGCAUCACCUACGCAACCAAAAGGAACGAUCAGUUUCACUCACUGCCCUUGUCCGCAGCUCCCCACAUGGCUCUUUGGGUUCGAUGGUUAACUCCUUUCCUGGGCUAAAAUUUGACAACCUUCUGACAGGACCUAAAAUGGAUGUGCUGAAAUCAGGCAUGAAGCAGGCAGCCACUGUAGCAAGUAAAGUUUGGGGGGCUGUUGCAUCCGCUUAUAGCUACUCUGAUGAUGAGGAGGAAAGUCAAAGUCAGAGAGGUCAGUCUAACUUUCCUGUAAGACCUCAAGAGUCUGGUGUUGGUGACAAUCUUUCCUUCAAGAUGCCUUCAAAUGGACUUUCUGGCAAUGAGCUGACACAGAGCAAUACCAGCUUAGGCAGCAGCAGCAGUGGAGACACAAGCAAGCACAGCUACUUAAAUGAAUCUGUACAGGGGAAAGCAUCAAAGGUUCUAGAGUCUGAAAAAUCAGAGCAAGGAUCCUCUCACAGCACCAGCUUGUCAAGCAUAUUUCAGAACUGGGCAAUGGAGGUCUUGAUGUCUAGUUGCUCUCAGUGCCGAGGUUGUGAUGCACUUGUGUAUGAUGAAGAGAUAAUGGCUGGAUGGACUUUUGAUGACUCAAACUUAAAUACUACUUGUCCCUUUUGUAAAAGACCCUUUUUACCACUUCUUAAUAUUGAGUUUAAAGACCUUCGUGGUACUGCAAGCUUUUUUCUUAAGCCAAGUAACUCAGGAGACAGUCUUCAUGGCAGUAACCUUCGGGUAAUGGCAGAUUCGUCAGAGCGUAAACUGCAAUCAGAAUCUACAGCCAGUGACCUGAUCAGCUUUGGGGAAUCUUCCACUACUCCCCAAACCACAGCAGAGGAAAGUAAUACAGACACUCAGCAGAGUGACCAGGCUGAAGAAGAUGGAACCAUGAAGUCUUCUGAGACAAACAAUGCACCAAAGCGAGGAGCGUCACUGACUAGGAGUCACAGCGUAGGAGGGCCUCUACAAAACAUUGACUUAUCCCAAAGGCCUUCUCAUGGAAUUUCCACUGUCAGUCUUCCCAACAGCCUGCAAGAAGCUGUGGAUCCUUUGGAAAAGCGGCACAACCCUCCUCCUGUCUCCGUCCCCUACCUUAGUCCCCUUGUCCUACGCAAGGAGCUGGAAUCUUUGCUGGAGAAUGAGGGCGACCAUGUCAUCUACACAUCCACUUUUAUUAACCAGCAUCCUAUUAUCUUCUGGAACCUGGUUUGGUUCUUUAGACGUUUGGACCUGCCCAGCAAUUUGCCAGGGCUCAUCCUCUCAUCUGAGCACUGCAAUGGAGGGGUGCAGCUCCCGCUAUCAUCUCUAUCUCAGGACAGCAAGCUAGUCUAUAUACAACUGUUGUGGGACAACAUAAACCUUCACCAGGAGCCCGGGGAGCCCCUUUACAGCAAAUUUAGAGCCCUGGACAAUAUCAAGAAGAAGGCUUCUCCUAUCCCAUAUGAUCAACAAAGCACCAACAAUUUACUGGAAAGCAUUACGCUUAGUAUCCAGCAUAAUGACGUCCUUAGGCCUAUCAGCCUGCUCCUGCAGAAAUGCAGCACAACUGGAAAGAGGCAAAGGAGCUUGUAUAGAGAAAUACUGUACCUUUCUUUGGUGUCUCUUGGAAGAGAAAAUAUCGACAUAGAGGCCUUUGACAAUGAAUAUAGAAUCGCUUAUGAAAAGCUCCCUCUUGAGAUGCAGCAAAAAAUGCAGAAAAUUGAUCAGCCUCCAAGCAAGAAGGUGGAAUGCUGCAGGAGUAUCUUUGGAGCGCCCCUAAUAUGAAAGCAGAUGUAGUCUUUAAAGGAUUCUGGUUUGUCCCUUGGAUGGCGUAAGAGCUGUGACUUGGGCUCUGAACUUGAAGUCAUUGUAUAGACCACAAGUUGCGUUUUAUUUUAUAUCAGUCUUAUCCAUGUAUUUGGACCAGUCAUAACUAGGAGGAUAUUCAAGGAGUGUGAAGCCUUUCUUUUUUUUUUCUACGCCACCUCUCUUCUGAACAGAGUCCCAUACAGGUGUGCAACUGGUGCAGCGAUGUUCAGCAGAAGAGUUUGUGCAAUGUACUGAUUUUUCUGCAUGCAACGGGAAAUAGUCUACUGUAGAAAACAAUGAAGAACAAUAUUGUCUUUGUAAUGCAGAUAUACAUUUUUUUUUUGUUCCGGAUCUGAAUGUCACAAAGAAGGGUAUAAUUUAAGCAAUACUAUUUUAAAUAAUUUGCUAAUUGGUCCAACUGCAGGGUUUGACCAGAGCAGUGGGACUUCAAGUGAUUGGUAGAAGGCUUUUAAAGCAUUUUUAAACCAGUUGUUUACACUCCAAAAGAUACCGUGCCUUAUAUUAAGUCUGUUGGUCUUGAUACAGGUAUUUGACCAAUGCUUAAUGCAGCCUUUUAAAGGGAAAAUAUGCCUUAUUUACAGAUAGUGUUUCAUUUUACUUUUUCAUAUAACAGUUUCAUAAAAACACACAGGCUUAGGAUAUGCAAUUUAUAAUAUCUGAUCUACUCCUUUGUAUUUAUUGUGGUAUGAGUGGGACCUGCCAUACUGUUAAUUAUUUUGAAAUAAAACUAGAUUACUGUACAUAGUCUCCCAAGAAAGUGUACCAGUGGCAAGAUCACUGUUGCCUUAACCAUGUAAUAACAUGAAGCUUCUCACAAGCAGUAUCAGCAUCAAACUCUGAAAGGCAAGUCAUGCAAGGAGAAAUAUCCAUAAUUGUCUUAUUAUGAUCCUGUAACUGUUAGAAAAGCAGCUUUUUUUCAUCUGUCCCAUUCAAAUAUACCAAAGGUCCACUGUGGUAUCUUAAAAUAGUCUGUAAAUUUCUGCUCUCCACGAAAGCACAAGGUGAACUGCAGGUGACUGCAAACAUGAUUUUGGCAAUGUUGGAGACACCCUAAAUCUAAAGGUCUAACCGUAAACUCUGCCACUGCCGAUACUUUACAUGUAUGGUUAAUCUGUUCCAGACCUGUACAUCUGAGUCUGAGGCACCUUCAAGGCCUGUUCAGCUUGUGUAGCUACCGUUAAUUUGCACACCAUUCUAUUUUUAUUAUUCUGUUUAAUAUGCUGAUUGAAUUUUAGUCAAAAUCUCUAUAUUCAUUUUUGGAAUUUGUUUUUCUGAUAAAUUUAGCUUUGGCCUGGUUUCUCUGUAUGAGUAUGCAGUCAAGCUGUGAAUCACAUCAUUGACUUAGUCCUGUCUUUUAACCAAAAAACACUACAUUCUUCAUUUGGUUCUACACAAAACGAGCCACUACAAUAAUUAUAGCUAUGCAGUAAAAAGCUGAAAGCAAAUGUAAGUUCUAAUUCAGUAACUUGAAAUAUGGAAAAAAAAAAAAAAGAAAAUAUAGAGGAAUUAGUUUUAAUGCAAACAUGGUUGUUAGCCAGUAGGGCCACUAGCCCCAAUUAUUUAAAUGUUGCUAUGAAGUAAGCAAGCAAUUGUCUGAUUUUGUAGAGUAUGCUUAACCUAAACACUUGGCCAUUGAUGGACUGUCCAAGUCUGGAGGACGUUUGUAUGGUACAAGCAUUCUCUUAUAGAAUAAUGGGUGAUGUGGGAGGACCAAUCAAGGCUAGGA